GGAAGUGGGACCAAAACAAAGGAGCGGCGACCGGGAGCGGUCUUUCUUUUCCUACCUCCUCCGGCUUCCACCUCGGCCCCGGCCGCCGACCCCCGGGAGCCGUCCGAUCAUGUCCAACAUGGAGAAACACCUGUUCAACCUAAAGUUCGCGGCCAAAGAACUGGGCAGGAGUGCCAAAAAAUGCGACAAGGAGGAAAAGGCCGAAAAGGCCAAGAUUAAAAAGGCCAUUCAGAAGGGCAACAUGGAAGUUGCGAGGAUUCACGCCGAGAACGCGAUUCGCCAGAAGAACCAGGCGGUGAAUUUCCUGAGGAUGAGCGCGCGGGUGGACGCGGUGGCCGCCAGGGUCCAGACGGCCGUGACGAUGGGCAAGGUGACCAAGUCGAUGGCCGGUGUGGUUAAGUCGAUGGACGCGACGUUGAAGACCAUGAAUCUCGAGAAGAUCUCCGCCCUGAUGGACAAGUUCGAGCACCAGUUCGAGACGCUGGACGUGCAGACGCAACAGAUGGAGGACACGAUGAGCAGCACGACGACGCUGACCACUCCCCAGGGCCAGGUGGAUAUGCUGCUGCAGGAAAUGGCAGACGAGGCCGGCCUCGACCUCAACAUGGAGCUGCCGCAGGGCCAGACCGGCUCCGUGGGCACGAGCGUGGCCUCGGCCGAGCAGGACGAACUGUCCCAGAGGCUGGCCCGCCUGCGGGACCAAGUGUGA